CACAAAAGCAAAGGGCGUCUUUACUGAAGUGUUUCAGUCUAAACGUGGACGUCCCGCGACGGCUUGAUGGUUUCUGGGUUGCUCUCUGUCUAUUUCAUGCAUGGGGUUCUGGUCUGAGCAUUAUUGGCAGGAUUUUUUUCUUGUAUUACCAUUUCGCAGUGCUCCAUUUCUAGACUCAGGGACGGCCUGCAUUUUCGACCUAAUGUUUCUCUCUCACAUAUCUCAGCCCCAUCUGGUACCCUCUACAUACCAUAUCCUGGUUAUCAGCGGUAGUCUCCUGUACACAACUCACCUCUAUAGUGGGAAUGGUCGUUUCAUGCGUUGAGCAGGCCCAUCUUAGCAGCUGAAUAGAGAGAAGUUUACAUCAACACA